AUGGGAGACCUUCUUUCCUUGUUUUGGGAGGUGGAUCCUCCCCCCAUACCUUUAAGUUUUACCAUUCCAAGUCAGGAUUAUGAGUGCCGGAAGGAUGACUCUUGUGGGGCAAUAGGGAGCUUCUUGCUUUGGUAUUUUGUCGUUAUAUUGGCCUUGAUGUUCUUCUCUCGGGCUUCUAUCUGGAUGUCUGAGAAGAAAAAAGAUGAAGACAGUGGGACAAGCACUUCAGUAAGUAAAGCAAGCAAAGAUACUUCCUCUAAAGAGCAAAACAAAGAUGGUGACUGGGACACUCUACCAAUGACGAAAAAGCCAAAGCAGAGCCCACUUACCCCUGUAACUGACUCCGAAGUGGCCUUGGUCAAUGCCUACCUUGCACAAAGGCGAGCCAGGCGCCAUUCUCAAUUGAGCCAGGUGAUGCAGACCCAACAUGACAGUGACACUACCGAGUGUGACAGUGAAGAAUCUAACUCGGGAGCCUCCUCGUGGAAGGAGAGCGAAAGUGAGAACCCAUCCCCAGCCAGUGGUAAGAGGAGAAAAGUAGCUCAGAGCCAAAAGAACGCGGGGAGUUACCAAAUCAGGGAAAGGCCCUGCCUCCACUGCAAAGCCUUGAGAACCAAUGAAUGGCUGACACGCCAUUUCCUUGGAAACGCUUCAGAAACAGCCCCAAUGAAGAGUGGUGUUCAAGAGGAAAACUCUGUUCCUGACAUUAAAACAAAAUUCAGCAAAUUCUGAAUUAUAUCAAGUCCUUACCUUACUUGAAGCCAAAUGAAAGAAAUGACUACAACACCAAAAAUCACCAGAGCUCUAGGCGAGGAGGAUUUACAAUAAAGUCUCUCAACUAACAACA